AUGGGCUCCAACGAAGAAUGCAGUUGGCAGCAACGGGUCGAGCAGAAACGACAGCGGUGCGCCAACAAAAUCCCAGCCGAAUGGCGUAUGCCAGACGAAGUAAUCGCUUCCCUGCACACUCCUCUAGCAGACCACAGAAAUGAUUUGAUCCGGAAUGACAUUAUCCGCAAAUCUGGCAUCAUGACCAAGCACGAGUUGCAGAUCACAGAAGAUUACACGGUUCGAGAAUUGUUGGCGGCAUUGGCGAACGGGAGUCUAAGCUCGGUGGAAGUUACUGUGGCAUACUGCAAGCGGGCUGCCAUCGCACAGCAACUCGUUUCUUGUCUGACGGAGACAAUGUUUGCAGAGGCCCUUGAGCGAGCCCAAUAUCUCGACCAACUCCGCUCCCAAGGACAAGUUGUCGGUCCCCUUCAUGGUCUGCCCGUGAGUAUCAAGGACAGCUUUCACUAUAAAGGGACAGAAGCUACCAUCGGCAUGGUUUCUUUCCUUGAUGAGGUGUCUACCGGGAAUUCACCGCUCGUGGAUAUUCUCUUGAAGCUGGGGGCGGUCAUCUAUGUGAAGACUAAUGUGCCCCAGACGAUGAUGGCACUUGAUUCGCAUAAUAACGUCUUCGGACGUACCUUAAACCCGUGGAAUACUACUCUGACUCCCGGGGGAUCGAGUGGUGGCGAGGGUGCUUUAAUUGCGCUACGAGGAUCACCUCUGGGAGUAGGCACUGACGUGGGCGGUUCCAUUCGCGUCCCUGCCCUUUGUUGCGGAACUUAUGGCUUCCGACCCAGUGCGUCCAGAGUCCCUAACGCAGGCACUCGCGCCUGCUCAACUAGCGGAAUGCGAUUCAUUCUCUCUUGUGCUGGGCCUUUGUCCACGGACCUUGACGGGCUCGAAGUUUUUUUCAGCUCGGUGUUCGAUAUCCAGCCGAGUCUAUACGACUCCACGGUCAUUGAUGUGCCCUGGCGUAAUGUCACGGUGAAGCCGAAGUUGAGAAUUGGUCUUGUUCCGGAGCAUCCAGUCUUUCCAUUGCAUCCCCCAAUCAAACGGAUCCUGGCAGAAGCCGUACAGCGUCUGGAAGAACAAGGUCAUGAGAUUAUUCGCCUCACCAACGAAGAGUGCCGAAUCAGGGAACUUAAUGAAGUAGCUUUGGGUAUCUUCGGGCUAGACCAGGGCGCUCUUAGUCAUGUCAUCUCCGCCGGCGAGCCUGUGGUGCCCGCACUACAGCACAUUGGCGCUCAGAUUGCAAAGGUGAAACAGUUCCAUAAACCAUCCCUACCCGAUAUGAGCUCGAUGGACCGUUUAGCCAAGUUAGCCGCUCUGAACACUUGUCGCGCGGAACUCAAAGAGGAAUACCGAGGGAUGUGGAAACAGCAUAAUUUGGAUCUUUGUCUUGCGCCGCCGGCACAAAACACAGCGGUCGCCCAUGACGCCUUUGGUCCUGCGCCAUACACCAUUUUCUUGAACUGCCUUGAUUACCCGGCAUGUGUCAUUCCAUUCGGGCAAGUCAACGAGUUGGAUGCUACAGACACCUUCCAGGUUGGCGAAGAUCAAAUUGCACCAGAAUAUGACUAUAAAUCGGUCGAAGGGGCCCCGUGCGGGAUUCAGCUUUUCACCACCACAAUGCGCGACGAGGAGUGUCUACAGAUGUCAAAGCUAAUCGAUCUGUGUCUGAGGGGGUAA